AUGGAGCAGGUCAUCACCGUCUCCGUGUCGCAGCUGCUCCCAGACCACCGCACCAUGCCCAUGGUUCUGAGGCCGAUGACGCAGCUGAUCAGCUUCUUCCUCACAGCACAGAAGGAGUACACUCAGGUGCUCAGAGUAUUCGACCCCGAAGCAUUUCCCGGGGUGCUGUGCGCAUACGCCAGGCUCUUCGAGCUCAUCGCGGCCUCGAUGCUCGCCCAGUUCAAGCGUGGGGGAAAGUCAGGGCUCACGGUAGAGCUGGGAGAAGCCAUGGCGGCGGUUGACCGCUUGGGGAGCUUCUGCUUUACUGGCGACAAGAGGGUGCUCCCAAGCACGACAUUCAGGUAUCUGGGCACGAUGGAGAGCAUCAAGAACCAUGCGUUCCCCUACAUCGACCCGGGGAGGCUGAACAUGGCCGGCCAGGGGAGGAUGAAUCUAAAGAACUGGCCUGGUGUGCAGAACCGCCGAGUGCACCUCCUACAGGCCGCGUCUCUACAGUACCACUACGGAAAGCAAGUUGCGGCAGGCCGAGAGUCCGAGGCGAGGGUCCGGCUUCUGUCACAGGAGGCGGAGUACAUAGAGGAGGGAAGGAUCCGGAAGCUUCUCCAGAAGCGGGGACGCAGCGUCGAGCUUUCGGACGAGCAACGGGAGAAGCUCAGAAAGGGCCGCCUAUGCCUUGAUGACUGGGAGGCCACAGGUCAGGACGGCACGGCCGCGUUCGGCUCCGAGAGAUUCAGCAGUAUUGUAGCGGAAAUCAACGAUGCCCUAGAUGAAGGGCAAGGCCAGCUGAAGGAGGCGAUUACAAGUGACAAGCUGGAGCAAGACAGAUACGUCGACCACAUCCUGGAAGCUCUCCAUUCAAGCAGUAACAAGGCAAUAGACAGGACUCUCAGCUCGAAGAACAUGACGUGGCUAGCCAUCCUGAGUUCUCUCUACAAGCAGACAUACAACAAGGGGAGCCCAGAAAAGUCGGCCGGACAGUGGCGAUACCACAUCGGGUCGGCGCUGAGACGCAACCGUGUCGAAUGGGUUCUUAGGAGCUCUCGUGGGACCAUUACGGCGACUAUGGCGCAAAGAGUGCUGCCGUCGACCGAGAAGAGCUCGUUGGUCGGCUGGGCCAUGAAUCUACACCCUGGGAGCCUGAAACGGAAAGCCGUCGAGUCGGAGAUCGCGCGGGAGAGCAAAAGGCACAAGGCCAAGGAGACUUGCAUCGACUUCGGGUGCACGUUCCCCCUCAGCGGCGGUCUCCCCGACGGGCUCGAGCGCGGCUUCAAACAGCUGCUGGAGAACUCGGGCCACAUGAAGGCACCCCACGCAGGGCUCACCAACCACUACAAGAAAGCGCACCGCUUGCCUGAAGAGCUCCAGGCAAGGCCCGAGGUCGAGCUCCUCUGUAUGCUGGCUCUGACGGUAGGCAUGACGGUAGACAUGGUCGUGUAUAACGUGCCCAGGGGAAGAGGCGAGGAUGAAGUCGUCGGGUUCGCGAUAGCGGACAAAAAGGUAAAGCAGAAGAGGGGAGGGACGCGGGUGGCUCUGCUGGCAAUACGGAUGCUGUGGUUCCUCGAGCCGGACCAGUUCGUGUGGAACAAAGCCCAGGGGCAGGAGAAGAAGGUGGAGGCGACGAUGUACAGCACGCAGUACGUGCGUGAGGCGACAGGUAAGCUCCAGGGCCCGACCCGGCUGCUGCGUCGGAGACCGGGAAACGGCUAA